AUGAAUGCUUCUCUUGAUUUCUCCAACAACCUUAUAAUUUUGAAAGAAACAAACCAAAUUAAAGAGUUGCAGACUGUUAUAAGAGACAGGAAUUCAACAAGAAGCGAUUUUAUUUUUCAUGCUGAUAGACUGAUUCGCUUAAUUGUAGAAGAAAGCCUCAAUCAACUGCCAUAUAAUAGACAUGUUGUAGUCACACCCACUGGUGAAAAUUAUGAAGGACUUGUUUACGAAGAAGGCAACUGUGGUGUCAGCAUAAUGAGAAGUGGUGAAGCAAUGGAGCAAGGACUUCGUGAUUGCUGUAGAUCUAUCAGAAUAGGCAAGAUACUUGUCAGUAAAGACGAGGACACUAGGGAAGCUAAAGUUUUUUAUGCGAAAUUUCCAUCUGAUAUUUAUAGAAGAAAAGUUCUACUGAUGUAUCCUAUUUUGUAUUCGGGUAACUCUGUUUUGAGUGCUAUCGAAGUACUUCUAGAAAAUUCUGUUUCUGAAGAUAAAAUAAUUGUGCUCACUUUAUUUUCUACUCCAGAAGGUAUCCAAAAAGUUUUUAAAAGUUUUCCCAAUGUAAAGUUAAUUACUUCAGAGGUUCACGAACAUCCGCCUAUACAUUUUGGUCAGAAAUAUUUUGGAACUGAUUGA